CCUACCUCCCAGCCGCCUCCCUCCUCGAAAUCAGCGCCUCCCUCCCUCAGAUCUGGCGCUGCCAGCCCGCCGUUGCCACUUGGCGCCACCCUAUUGGCCAGCCGUCGCCGCAGAAGCCUCCCUCGCCCACUCCUCACUCGCCACCUGUUCCCCGCGCUCCCCCUCAGCGCUGCAGCCCGCGAGGGCCCGAGCGCCCCGCGCCUCCCGCUCCCGAUCUGGAUCGAGGGGAGGAGCCCCUCGACCCCGAGCCCUCGUCGCCCCAGCGCCUCCUUGUCCGCGUCGCCUUCCCUGUCGUCCUGCCGGAGCAGCGCGCCGCCGCCGCCGAAGCUUCGCCAGGCCGGAGCCCCGCCUCCUCAUCUCUCCCUUCUCCUCCUCCACUUCUCCUGCGCCCCCGCUGACCCCUUCUCUCCCGCAGGAGCUCUGCCAUGGCCGCGCCCGAGCUUGGGUCCGCCUCCGCCCGGAAGACUCGUCCCCACCGCCGUUCGUCGCCGGGAAUGGACCCGCCGCUGCCAGAUCCGGCCUCUGCCGGCCCCGCCCUUGCCGGAUCCGCCCCGCCGCCGCCCUCGAGCCUGCUCGCCACCGGCGCCAUCUGCGCCGCCACCCUGCCUCGUCCCUGCUCAGGAACGAGGAGCUCGUCGCCUCGCCCGCUCGUGCACGCGUGUGCGCGUGGGCCUCAAGCCGGCCCAGCCCAGCUCCCUCCAGCACGCCCCGACCCGGUCCACCUCCUUUGCCUGCCCAAGCCUCUCCACCGACCUGGGCCAUGGCCCAUGUUCCGGUAAUGUUGCGAUUGUGAGGAUUCGUUCGACUACGUCCGUUCGUCUACUUCAUGG